CCUGGAAGGAGCGGCAAUGAAAACAAAAUCCAGGGCCAGGGGCAACACGAAGGAGAUGAAGCUGCAUAAGAUGCAGCUUCGGACAUCACCAUUGCUCCACUUGAAACAACUCAAGAUGUUGACCAUAAGCCUGGUUAGUUCCCCACUUUUUUGGUCCUCAGCGAGGCCUGCUGAUGCAGCGGUAUUAACCAAAAAUGCCAACACAGAAGUGGACCUACAAGAAUAUCAAGAAGGGCAACUAGCAACAUCAUCAUCCUCAAGCGGUAGAGACGAGCAGAGGUCAUUUUUGCGAGGAACAAGGUCCUCCAGCUCUAAAAAUACCGUUACCGGGGGAGAUUCUACUGAAGGGGACGAAGUGCAACAUCAGCAAGACCAGGACUUUCUCGUCCAGCGUUUCCGACGAGAGUGGAAACUGUACCAGGGUUUGUGUCUCUGGAAAUCCGAUAUAAAAAAAUCCCCUUCGACCGCGACGUCUUCAUCUAAAAUAGAUCAACCUGAAACUGAAAUAAGUCAUCGCGAAGUUGUAGAUGUUCUUGACGAGGCGAAUAAAGUAGACGCUGAGGGAACACCAGGAGGCACCACUGCAGGUCAUGAAGAUGAAGGGCAAGAACUUGCUGUGCGAAAUGUUGAAAAAAUGACACGAGAAGUACACGAAGAUCACGAUCAUGACCGCGAGCUCCUGCACGAGGAGCUGGAAUUGGAAAAGAAGCCCGAUUUCAGUGUCUUCGGGAGAACCCGGCCAAAAGGAACUACAAAUGCCGCGAUCCGGGCAGCUGAAAUUCAAGCGGACAAGCGAGAAAAGGAAUCCGCGGCUUUGGCCGGCAGAACCAUUCACGAUUUGCAACGCAGUGCGGUAGCAGAGCUGAAAAAACAGUGGGAAAAGUUGUCG